AUGGCUAACGAGAUCCCAUUGACCUCCUCAGGUCUAAAUUUCAAGCAUAAUUUCGUUCAAAUUAUCGAUGGCAUUGCCGCACCGACAAAAGAAACACGCCAUGGGUUAAACCCAGCAAACCUACAGCCUAACGCAGAAGUACCCGUCGCCCCUAGUCAAGAUUUUGAUCAAGCAGUCGACUCCGCGAAGCAAGCCUUCAAAACAUGGUCCAAAGUUCCAUAUGAAGAACGGAAGGGUGCAGUAAUGGCCUUUGCCAAUGCGGCAUCUCAACUGUCCACAGACUUCCGUGACCUUCUUGUCCAGGAAAAUGGAAAGCCUAUGGCCCAAGCCGAAAUUGAGACGAGCGCAGCUAUCGCAUGGAUGCGUGCCAUGGCCAAUAUUCCAUUACCAGAUGAGAUAGUUGAAGACACUGAGAUUCUUCGCAUUAUAACUCGAUAUACCCCCGUCGGGGUGGUUGCUGCGAUUGUUCCUUGGAAUUUCCCCCUUCUUCUAGCCGCAACUAAAAUCGCGCCGGCAGUUCUGACGGGAAAUGUGGUUAUCGUCAAACCCUCCCACCCCUACAUUGACAAGAUUAGCUUCACCGGAUCAACAGCUACCGGAAAAGCUGUUUUGCAAAGCGCUAGCAAGACACUCAAACGUGUGACAUUCGAACUCGGUGGCAAUGAUGCCGCGAUCGUCUUUCCCGACGUUAAUAUUGAGAAAGUAGCCGAAAAAGUGGCGCUCUUCUCAUUCAUCAACUCGGGCCAGAGUUGUCUCAAUGUAAAGCGUAUAUACGUUCACGAAUCUAUCUUCGAUGAGUUCAAAGCUGCCCUGGUGAAGGUCAUCCAGGGUUACACGAUUGGUGAUAGUUCGCAACACGGCAUCAGCCAUGGACCCGUCCAAAACUCUAUGCAGUACGAACGAGUAAAGACUUUUUUUAGCGACAUUAAAUCACAGGGCUGGGAAGUUGCUGUUGGGGGAGAUAUCGGGCCUUCCACUGGUUAUUUUAUCACACCAACGGUUAUUGACCGACCACCGGAAGACUCGCGUAUAGUUAUCGAGGAGCCAUUCGCUGUUGCAUCGGCUCGCCGGAGUCGGUUUACCCCAUUCGCGCGGGCUUCCCGAACCCCAGUGAUCGCCAAUGAAGACACCAUGCUCCCAUCAUUUGACAAUUUCCCAGCUUAUUUGUUUGAGGAUGAGAACCCAAUCAUUGAAUAUGACCAAUCGGCGGUUUUAGCUAGUUUGUCUGAACUCAGUGCUACUUCAAAUAUCUUCUUCGACUUUACCACAGGCCAGAAUUAUGGAUCAUCUCAAACAUCAAGUUCUCCCAGCUCAACUGCGACACAGUCCCGUGCUUCAGUGGCACAGAUAUUCAUCAACAACAAGGCCGUGAUGUCCAAAUCAAAAGACUGGACCAGUAUUCUUGAUCCGGUAUCGAGUCUCUGCUCCGAAGUGGGGAAGACAAUUGAAGAUGCUGAAUCCGAAGUCAACAGAGGUCUGGAUUGUAUUCAUGCAGCUUGUUCAAUUGGCCCUGAGAUGGCGGGUAUGUUUCUUGGGAAUGACCCGACGAUGCUCCAAACUUUCUACGAACCAGUUGGCGUUUGCACUACGAUAACACCAUUCAGUUUCCCUUUCAUGACCCCUCUGUGGUCGAUUCCUUAUGCACUAAUUACAGGCAACACAGUCGUUUUAAAGCCAUCCGAGAGAACCGUCGCUGUUCCAUCUCUUAUUGCCGAUGCCGUUACUAAGGCCGAAUUCCCGCCAGGUGUUUUUAACAUUGUGCACGGUGGCCAUUCAGUAUCACAAAUGCUGAUUUUACAGCCUUUGGUGCGAGCAAUCAGCUUUGUGGGAUCAGAGUCCGCUGCCAAGCAAGUUCAUGAUCUUGCACGAAAAGCAGGGAAGAGGGUCCAAGCCGAAUGCGGAGGCAAAAACCAUGGGGUCAUUUUAGAAGACGCUGAAAUGAUGCCAACUUUGUUUGCUAUUGCGGGUAGUGCUUUUGGAGCUGCAGGGCAGCGGUGCAUGUCUCUCAGUGUCGCAAUUUUUGUCGGAAACACAGCACGAUGGAUACCAAAACUUGUUGAUAUUGCCAAAACCAUGACAGUGGGCAAUGGCAGUGAUCCGGAGACCAAAAUUGGGCCAUUGAUAGACAAAGAAGCAAAGUCGAAGAUUUCAGGUAUUAUCGAGCGGUCGACUGAAGAGGGUGCGAUUCUCUUAUGUGACGGGAGGGAUGUGACGGUUCCCAGAUAUCCCAAUGGGAAUUUCCUCGGGCCAACGAUUCUUUCUGGCAUUGAGACAUAUAUGGAAUGCUACCAAACUGAAAUUUUUGGACCUGUACUCAUCUGUAUGCAAGUUGAUACAUUGGAGGAAGCAAUUGAUAUAAUCAACCAAAAUAAAUAUGGUAACGGCUGCUCGAUUUUCACAACAAGUGGAAAACAUGCAAAGACCUUUCAGCGUCAGGUAAAUGUGGGACAGAUUGGCAUCAACAUCCCAUUGAUUGCUCCUUACGGCACGGCCGUCCGCACAAGCAACAAAGCGUCUUUCAUGGGAGGUUAG